GUCAAUGUCAACAAUAAUUGUAUAUAAAUCAGCUCGUAAAUAAACAUUGAACAAUAGCAAAAUAGUUCUUUUUGUGUGUUAAUAUUGCAAGAAGAACAUAAUUGAUUAAGGAUGAAUUUAUCCAUCCUUUUCACGUUUAUUUUGGCCUCGACUUAUUAUUCGUCUGCCUCAACAACAACGAAACGUCCCGAUGACAUUCAUCUACUCUCCGAUGAAUUUAUCAAUAGAAUCAACCAAGCCCAAUCCACAUGGACAGCAGGACGCAACUUCGCGGAAAACAUUCCUAUUUCAUACUUGAAAAAUUUAAUGGGCGUAUUGCCCGAUCACCAGAAUUACAUGCCUCCUUUACUUACGCACGAUCUAGAAGGCGUCGAAUUGCCCACGGCUUUCGACGCCCGAGAGCAAUGGAAAAAUUGCCCGACGAUACAAGAGAUUAGAGAUCAAGGGUCAUGCGGUUCAUGUUGGGCAUUCGGAGCAGUCGAGGCAAUGUCGGAUAGAAUAUGCAUUCAUUCCAAUGCUACCACCCAUUUCCACGUUUCAUCCGAUGACUUAGUAUCCUGUUGUUGGACCUGCGGUAUGGGUUGCAACGGAGGUUAUCCAGGGGCUGCUUGGAACUACUGGGUCAGAAAAGGCCUCGUUUCCGGAGGACAAUACGGUACCCAACAAGGUUGUCGACCAUACGAGAUACCGCCCUGCGAGCAUCACACGAGCGGGACCCGACCACCUUGUGAUGGUCAUAUGAGCAACACGCCGAGAUGCUUGCAAAAAUGCGAAAGUUCCUACUCUAUUCCUUACAAUCAGGACAAAAGUUACGGUUCCCGAGCGUACUAUAUCGGCAGCAACGUCCAGCAAAUUCAAACAGAAAUAAUGAAGAACGGACCGGUCGAAGCUGCCUUUACUGUAUACGCAGAUUUCCUCAGUUACAAGUCUGGUGUUUAUCAACAUGUCCAAGGGUCUGUGUUAGGAGGACAUGCUGUACGUGUAUUGGGUUGGGGUGUACAAGGGAAUGUACCUUAUUGGUUAAUUGCAAACUCCUGGAAUAGCGAUUGGGGCGAUAAUGGUUUGUUCAAAAUACUCAGAGGAUCUAACCAUUGCGGCAUUGAAAGUGCCAUCGUCGCAGGAACACCAAAAUAAACCAACUCAUUCUUUACUUUUUACUGUUGUGAUUAGAAGCUUAUAUUUUUAUUGUGAUUUCUUGAAUAAUUUCAUUCCAGUUAAACGUUUUCAUUGGAUUAGUAUAAGUAUAAUUAUAUUGUGACGAAAUAUUGAAAUAAGAAUAAACGAGUGUGAUAUAAAAUAAAUUUCGCUUCCUAGUAAACCGCCUUUAGAACCAA